CUCCCUGUGAAAAGUGAGCUAGUGGCGGACUGGUGGUGGGGAAAGACUUGGGACGACCGUGGAGGGAGAAAACAGGCCAUUUUAGUCCCACUUCGGAACACUUUUAUUCACUUUCGACAGCCGUGGAGGCGAAAUGUGCUCGUUUUAGUGGUGUGUUGUUAUGUGCGGCGGGUGGGAACGUCGGGAAAUAUCCCAACUUCGAGCCCACAGCCAGACUGAAAAGUUAGCCAAAUUAGCUCGCCUCGGCUAAAUUAGCCCGUCGAGGACAAUAACAGGCCCGCCGGGGGGAACGAGCGAGGAGGCGAAGAGUGACGAGGAAUGUCGCGCCCCGGGAUUCGGAAGUUCACCUACGGAUGAGAAGAAGGAGACCCGGGAACGCGGACGACUACUUGCGAGCCAGAGGACCGCUGCCAUGUUGGGGUGGCUGCCGCUGCUCGGCUCCGGCGGCCCGUCCGAGCGCCGGGGAUGGCCGCACUCGGUGGUGCCGUGGCGGCGGUCGCUCGGGAGCUUCUUCCUCGGGCUGCUACUGCUGGAAGGGGCCCUCGACCUCGGCGUAUCGGUUUCAGGGCUCGACAACAGCGGCAACAACCGUAGCGUCAACAUAUACAUGAGUGUGGACGAGCUCAACAGGCUGCUGGGUCUGGAUGCAGAGCUUUAUUAUGUCCGUGACGACGUGGUGAACCACAACGCCAUGUCCUUCACGAUGCCCGUGCCCAGCGAGACCAACAACCUUCACUUCACCUGGCACUCCAAGUCCAAGGUGGACUACCGCUUAGGUUUCCACGUGGAGAACUCUCCUGCCAUGAACACACCGCAGAGCAACAUCUCCAGCCAUGGGGAGCUUCCCCGCAUUCCCUCCGUUUUUCGAGUGGACCUUUUCUGUUCGGGCAAGGUGGACGGUGAGGCUGUCGUGACGGUGCAGCUCAAUUUGACCUUGCACGGCAACAACUACACAGUGCUCAACUUCAAGAGGAGGAAAAUGUGCUACAAAGGAAUAGAUUCUGACCCAAAGAUUCCAUUUCCUUUCAACAACCACACCCUUCACACGCUUCAGCACCCCGACUACGGCGUGACUGCGCCCACCACCUCCACCCAGGUGUUCUACAUCAGCGUGAGCGUGUGCUGCAUCGUCAUUUUCCUGGUGGCCAUCAUUCUGGCCAUCCUGCACCUGCACAGCAUGAAGAGAAUGGAGAUGGAGGACAGCGUGAGCGACAGUGGAAGCUCACAGGGACUUUCUCAGCCUUCCACGCAGACCACGCAGUACCUGAGGGCCGACACACCUAACAACGCUGCCCCUGUGUCCAACAACCACCUCGGUUCCGCACCCAUUCUCCAGCUCGCUGCCUCCUCCUUCCAAAACACCGGCGCCCCCCCUCACGAAACCAAAAGCUUCCCGUCCCUGCGCAUCGAGAAGAACGACCUGAGGAGCGUAACCCUCAUGGAGGCCAAGGCCAAAGUCAAAGACAUCGCUAUCUCACGGGAGAGGGUCACACUGCGGGAGGUCCUGCAUGAAGGCACCUUUGGCCGCAUCUUUCACGGCGUGCUGCUGGACGAAAAGGACCCCGCCAAGGAAAGGCCAGUCUUUGUGAAGACUGUGAAAGAUCACGCAUCAGAGGUCCAGGUGACCAUGAUGUUGACCGAAAGCUGCAAGCUUCGCGGCCUUCAUCACAGAAACCUGCUACCCAUUAGCCACGUGUGCACGGAAGAUGGCGAGAAACCUAUGGUGCUGCUGCCCUUCAUGGCCUGGGGCAACUUAAAGCUGUUCCUGCGCCAGUGCAAGCUCGCUGAGGCGAACAACCCGCAGGCCAUCUCCCAGCAAGACCUGGUCUACAUGGCCAUCCAGAUCGCGUGCGGAAUGAGCUACCUAGCCCGCCGCGAGGUCAUCCACAAAGACCUCGCUGCCAGGAACUGCGUCAUCGACGACAACAUGCAGGUAAAGAUCACAGACAACGCCCUGGCCCGUGAUCUGUUCCCCAUGGACUACCACUGCCUGGGGGACAACGAGAACCGACCCGUGCGCUGGAUGGCGCUGGAGAGCUUGCUCGACAAUGACUUUUCCAGUGCCAGCGAUGUGUGGGCUUUUGGCGUGACGCUGUGGGAACUGAUGACUCUGGGCCAGACGCCGUACGUGGACAUUGACCCCUUCGAGAUGUCGGCCUACCUGAAGGACGGAUACAGGAUAGCACAGCCAAUCAACUGUCCCGAUGAACUGUUCGCCGUCAUGGCGUGCUGCUGGGCUCUGGACCCUGAGGAGAGACCCAAGUUCCAGCAGCUGGUCCAGUGCCUCACUGAGUUUCACGCCGCCUUGGGUGCUUACGUGUGAUCCUACUUGCCUUACCAAAGAAACCUAAAUGGAGCCUUGUGACUUUUUUCAUUUUUGUACAGUUUUUUUUUAUUAUUAUUUUAUUUUUUUUAUAAUAUAUAUAUAGCUUUUUACAGCAUAGCAAGUAUUUUUCCGUAGGAUGUUUUUCCACUUGAGAACUCUCCCGAUGGGAAUUUUUCAACUGACAUUCACGUGCCGUGUUUUAAAGGCACUUCAGCGUUCACUUCACUUGUACAUAUGUACUGUAACCACAUUAAGACGCAACAAAGCCGGUACGACAGUGAGAAACCUUUGCCGAAUUUUCUUUGUGCGCCACUUUGCUUACAUCACCAACAUUCAGCAUCUGUUACUUUCAGAUUGCUGGGAUUUUUCCAUAUUGGGGACUUGGGGGGACAAAGUCAACCUGGCAACCUUCGGAGGUAGUGUCAGAGCCAUAACAGAGGCGGGACGCCACCUGUAUAUAAGAUUGUUCCGCAGUGUGAAGUGAAGGCGAUUGAAAUGUAAAAGCCAGCAUUCGUCUGCCUGUUUUCCGACACCGAAUGGGGAGAACAAAGUCACUUUAAUUUACACAUUUCUGGAGAUAUCAGCGACGGGACGCCAUAAAUUUGCACAGCUAGUUUGUUGGGUUCUGUAAGAAAUAUGGGGGCACAUUUGUAAACCUUUUAGCAGGAUCUGUGUUUGAAAUAAACCAUGUUUGAUAUAAACCAUUGACUGUAACAACAACAAAAAAGGCAUUUCUUUUUUUUUUUUCACUGGAACGAAGUAAUUGUACGCUGUACAAGACUAAAACUGUACGGAGGUAGUCGCAGAGCCCUAACAGACGGAACAACACCUGUAUGUGUAAAGGGUAUUACUCAAUGAUGGGGCAGUAAUGUGUGUGCAUUUAGUUUGCUGGGUUCUGUGUAAAAACACGUGGAAAAAUUCCGGAUUUCCUGUUACGGGUCUGAUGUGGGUUAUUUUGCAGGUUGUCCGUGUGAAAGAGUCCAUUGACCAUAAAAGACGGCAUUUUUUCGCCAUCGCUGUUCUGUGACAGUUGACCAAGCAGUUUUCCGUCUUCUAAAGUAGCGUCAGAGCCAUAACAGAUGUGACAGCAUCCAUAUGUAAGGAUAUUCAGCUAGUUAAUUAGCUGGGUUAUGCGUACAAUAUUCACAUGCAGAUAAACUCCAGAUCCCUCUGAUGUGUUUUUUUGUGUGUUAUCUCUGUGUGAAAGAAGUUUUAAAUUCCACAAUCUCUUGUCAAGUGUACCAGCACCUUCAAAAUGUACCAGGUCACCCCCCCCCCACACACACACACACACAUUUAACGCCACCCAUCACAGGAUUUAUUCAUCUUUAUGAUGUUAUCAGCAUUGCUGUAAAAAGUCAACAUGCUUUGAUGGGGUUUGGUGUUUUUCUAGUUACUGCAUGUUGAAUGAUGUUGCUUGAAUUCAUUCAUUCAUCCAUCCGUUCUUCACCGCCUAUCCCAGCUGACUGAUCAUUCAUUCACUAUUAAAUGUUAUUUCUUUGAAAUUAGCUUUCAUUUUUUUGUCUCAAGACAAACAAAUGCGCAAUUUCCCCCUUUAUGUACACUAUGUGUGAAUAGGGUAAAAGAACUGCUGCAGACCAGAGACAUUUAGGUAAAUUUUUCAGGGUCGCUUCAAAGACUGACUUGUGCUUGUUAAUUUCGUCUCUUAGACCUUUGAAAAAGAGUUUGGGAAGAUGAUGUAACCACAGUCGUUUUCUUUUGAUGAUUCCAUGAUUUUCCAUAACACUUAGGACUCUUGAGACCUAUUUAUCGUCAGUGAGGGUUUUUACUGCAUUUAAAAUUUGGAGG